AUGCAAUUCACUACUAUUGCUACUGCCCUCCUCUCCAUGGGCGUCGCCAAUGCGGCCGUGCUAGGCAAGCCUUCCGUGUGGAAGGUCACUGACUGGCAGAUCGUUGGAUCUCCUGGCGGUUCCACUGAAUGCAAGGGUGUACCGGGUAACGCUACUGCCUGCGCCGACAAGAGCGUCGCUGCCAAGGUCACUGAAGUCGACUACCCGGACUGGCAGAUCUGGGUCCAGCACGAAUGGCACAAAUACCCCAAGAACCAGACCGAACAGACCUUCUGGCAAUACGGAGCCGUCAACGCGUCUCAAUUCUCCGAGACAGGGAAAUUCGACAUCAACCCAACUGGUUUUUACGGCGUCGCUUAA